AUGAUUCCAUCGCUCGUAUAUCUGUUACCGCUGUAUCCGCUAGCCGCCCAGGCUGCGCUAGAGGUUGACUUCACUUCGAAAGAGUCUAUCAAGAAAGCCGCCUAUCAGGUGGCAGAGGAUCUAUUGUCAUAUUAUCAUGGAGAUGAGCCAGGUCAAAUUCCAGGUAUACUACCCGGCCCGCCGUCGGACGGUCGUGGUGAUUAUUACUGGUGGGAAGGAGGUGCAAUGUGGGGGGCUUUAUUAGACUACUGGCACUGGACAGAGGAUGACACAUUCAACGACCUCAUUUAUCAAGGACUCCUGUUCCAGGCUGGGCCGAACGCAGAUUUCGUUAAUAGAAACUGGAGCUUCUCACUGGGAAACGACGACCAGGCAUUCUGGGGCAUGUCGGCUUUGAUUGCAGCCGAAACCAACUUUCGGGACCCCCCAGUCGAUGAGCCUCAGUGGCUUGCACUCGCUCAAGCUGUAUGGAAUGAACAGACUGAUGAUAGACUCCGUGAUGGAGGCUGUGGCUUCGGCCUGCGGUGGCAGGCCAAUUCCUUGAAUCAAGGAUUCACCUACAAGAACACAAUCGCUAACGGCUGUUUCUUCAACAUCGGUACACGUCUUGCCCGAUACACGAAGAAUGAUACUUAUACGGACUGGUCUGUCCGAACAUGGGACUGGCUGGUCGCGGUCGGUUAUAUUGACGACGACUGGAAUGUAUUCGAUGGCGCGGAUAUCUCUAAUAACUGUACGGUAAUCGUCAAGCAGCAGUUUUCAUAUAACGCCGCUAUUCUUCUUCAAGGUUCCGCAUACCUAUACGCCUAUACAUCCGACCAAUUAUGGCUAGAUCGCAUCAACGGGCUUCUCGACGGCAUUGAGCGUUACUUCUUCCCCAAGGGCAUUGCUGUCGAGCCCGCCUGCGAAACAGGCAUUUGUACGACUGACAUGCUUACAUACAAGGGCUUUCUUCACCGCUGGAUGGCCUACACGGCACAGUUGGUACCCUCAACGAGCGAAAGGAUCAUGCCGAUAUUAAUGAGCUCCGCCAAAGCCGCCGCUGCUCAGUGUACAGGUGGUGAUAAUGGUCGGCAAUGUGGAUUUCACUGGGAGAGCGGAAAAUUUGACGGCGUUUUGGGCGCGGGACAACAGAUGAGCGUCCUUGGGGCACUCACAUCUCUGCUAGCUUUGGACGCCAAAGAGCCGGUUACCAAUUCAACCGGUGGUACCAGUCAGAGCAACCCAGAUGCUGGACAGUCAAGGUCACCUUACAAUGAAUUGACACCCGUCACAACUGGUGACAAAGCGGGUGCCGGCAUCUUAACAGUUGUCGCUAUUGGCUUCGCGUCAGUGUCCCUUUGGUGGAUGGUCAAGUAA